UACCUCUUCACUCCCCCCUACCCCGUCAGUUUCCCUUACUUACUUCUUCACUCCCCCCUACCCCGUCACGGUUUCCUUUACCUACCUCUUCACUCCCCCCUACCCCGUCACUGUUUCCCUUACCUACCUCUUCACUCCCCUCUACCCCAUCACUGUUUCCCUUACUUGCGUCUUCGCUCCCCCUGACCCUGUCACUGUUUCCCUCACUUGUUACCUGUGGAAGGAGAACCAGUGUGGAAAGAGACUGAUGCUUAGUGCUCAGAUUACCAGUCUCUUCCUCUGCUCUGCCAUGUUGUGUCACCCCCGCCUGCCCCCGGUCCCGUGGAUGGAGGGAUGGAGGGAUGCACAAAUAAUCACAAAGAGAAUAAAGGGGACUUUCUAGACAAAUGUCACUUAAAAUUCUAAAAAGUGACCUUUCAUAUUUAUGGUCUCAGAUUUUGAGUUGGAAUUAAAUCUAAAGCUUCCGGUUUAGUACAGGCUCCACAAAGACACUUCGCUAGUGUUCUUUUUUUUUUUUUUUAAAUUAAUUAAUUAAUUUAAUUUUUUUAUAUGAAAUUUAUUGUCAAAUUGGUUUCCAUACAACACCCAGUGCUCAUCCCAACAGGUGCCCUCCUCAAUACCCAUUACCCACCCUCCCUUCCCUCCGACCCCCCAUUAACCCUCAGUUUGUUCUCAGUUUUUAAGAGUCUCUUAUGCUUUGGCUCUCUUCCACUCUAACCUCUUUUUUUUUUUUCCUUCCCCUCCCCCAUGGUCCUCUGUUAAGUUUCUCAGGAUCCACAUAAGAGUGAAAACAUAUGGUAUCUGUCUUUCUCUGUAUGGCUUAUUUCACUUAGCCUAACACUCUCCAGUUCCAUCCACAUUACUACAAAAGGCCAUAUUUCAUUCUUUCUCAUUGCCAUGUAGUACUCCAUUGUGUAUAUAAACCACAAUUUCUUUAUCCAUUCAUCCGUUGAUGGACAUUUGGGCUCUUUCCAUAAUUUGGCUAUUGUUGAGAGUGCUGCUAUAAACAUUGGGGUACAAGCACCCCUAUGCAUCAGUACUCCUAUAUCCCUUGGGUAAAUUCCUAGCAGUGCUACUGCUAGGUAAUAGGGUAGGUCUAUUUUUAAUUUUUUGAGGAACCUCCACACUGUUUUCCAGAGCAGCUGCACCAGUUUGCAUUCCCACCAACAGUGCAAGAAGGUUCCCGUUUCUCCACAUCCUCGCCAGCAUCUAUAGUCUCCUGAUUUGUUCAUUUUGGCCACUCUGACUGGCGUGAGGUGAUAUGAGUGUGGUUUUGAUUUGUAUUUCCCUGAUGAGGAGCGACGUUGAGCGUCUUCUCAUGUGCCUGUUGGCCAUCUGGAUGUCCUCUUUAGAGAAGUGUCUAUUCAUGUCUUCUGCCCAUUUCUUCACUGGAUUAUUUGUUUUUUGGGUGUGGAGUUUGGUGAGCUCUUUAUAGGUUUUGGAUACUAGCCCUUUGUCCGAUAUGUCAUUUGCAAAUAUCUUUUCCCAUUCCAUGGGUUGCCUUUUAGUUUUGUUGAUUGUUUCCUUUGCUGUGCAGAAUUUUGCUAGUGUUCUGUGAGAGAAUAACAUUUAUCCCUUUAUGAAGAUGGUUUGUUUCUAUUUAAGUUUUCUAACGGUAUUUUGUGUAUCUGCUAUCACAAAAAAAGUGUGAAAUAUGUAUCUUUGAUGUUUUUGGCAUUUACAAUGUGAUGUAACUGAAACUGUCCCUCGGAUUUAUAGAAUGUAUUUUGAGGUACCUUUUUCAGUAUGCCCGAUUAGGCAUUUCAGAAAUUGAUUGAUCCAGUAUUGUACCUUUUUUUUUUUUUCAGUUGGCUUAAUACCUUCUUUCAAAUUUUUGAAUGUAUAAAUGUGAGUUGCAAUAGGUACAAAGUGAACGUGGUUUUUAAGAAGUUUUAAAAUAUGUUUUGGAUUUCUAGUCAGAUGUUUGUAUCACAUUCCUUUUAUAAAUUUUAAUAUUAAAAAACUGCUGGGGUGCCUGGGUGGCUCAGUCAGUUAAACAGUUAAACAUCUGACUUCGGCUCAGGUCAUGAUCUCCUGGUUUGUGAGUUCGAACCCUGCGUAGGGCCUGCUUCGGAUUCUGUGUCUCUCUGUCUCUGCCACUCCCCCACUUGUGCUCUGUCUCUCUCUCAAAAAUGAAUACAAUAAAAAUAUUUAGGGGCGCCAGGGUGGCUCAGUCGGUUGAACGUCCGACUCUGGUCCAGGUCGUGAUCUCACAGUUUGUGGGUUUGAGCCCUGCGUUGGGCUCUGUGCUGAAUGCUUGCUCGGAGCCUGGAGCCUCCUUCAGAUUCUGUGUCUCCUUCUCUCUCUGCCCCUCCCCUGCUUGUGCUCUGUCUCAUUCUCUCAAAAAUAAAUGUAAAAAAAAUUUUUUUUAAAUACUUAAAAAAUGAAAAAAAACUGCUUCCUUUGUAUAUUGAUAUCCUUUUGACUUUGGCAAAGAAAUUAUAGGAAUCAUAUAAAAAUGUAUCUUGGAUGGGGCGCCUGGGUGGCUUGGUCGGUUAAGUGUCUGACUUCGGCUCAGGUCAUGAUCUCACGGUCCGUGAGUUUGAGCCCCGUGUCGGGCUCUGUGCGGACAGCUCAGAGCCUGGAGCCUGCUUCCGAUUCUGUGUCUCCCUCUCUCUCUGACCCUCCCCUGUUCAUGCUCUGUUUCUCUCUGUCUCAAAAAUAAAUAAACGUUAAAAAAUAUUUUAAAAAAAAUGUAUUUUGGUUAAUCUGUCAGCAAGAAGGAGCAAUAAUGUGAUCUUUAAUGGCUGUCAUUGUGAUUUCUUUUUAUAAUUGGUAAAAUAUGACACAGAAAAGAAUUAUAACCUGUAAUUCAUUGGUGACCUACCCUGAUUAUGUGAUUUAUCAGAGAAGCUACAAUUUUUUGACAAAAAGUUUAUGAAAUUUAAAAUUCAGGAUUCAAUAAAUAGCCAACAUUUAUGAAGGAUCUUUGAUUUUUUUUUUUUGAAGGUGGGUAUAGGGAGAUGAAUCAAAUAUGAUAGCGUAUUACAAAUUGUAGAAAACUGCUGCGUGCAAAAACGAGGCUUAAUUCCAUGGAUGAGUAUGUUAUUCUCUAUAGUUACAUACUCCUAUGGUUGCUUUUAAGUAUGCCACACUUUCUAAUUAUUGUGGCUUUGUGAUUUUAAAGACAUGAGAAACCAGUAAGUACCAGAAGGCUCUUGCCAACAACACUUCUGCUAUGGGAUAUCCAUUCUCCUUUAAAAAAUUUUUAUUCCUUAUUUUGCCCCAUUGCAUUUUAGUUAAUAGUGCCUGACAGGAUCCUAAGUGUUAAUGUAGCCAGUUUAGAACUUGGAUUCCUUCAGAGCAGAUUUGUCCAGUAUGGUUUAAAUACUCUUGACUAGCAGCUGACCAACUCUUAAGUAACUGCUUUAAAAAUGUACACAUCUGUCCACAUAUACCCUGUGAACAGUAGAACUCCUGAGUAGAAUCUGGCUUUAAUAACCUCAUUAAAUUAAAUACCCUGUGUGUGUGUGUGUGUGUGUGUGUGUGUGUGUGUGUGUGUGUGUUUUAAGGUUUUGUUCUUCUUGGGAAAAGUCCAUUUUUGUUACUUUCAGAAACAUUUUCGUAGAUUAGGUCCUGCAGCUUUAGAAUUAAGUUAAAUUUUUCUUAUCCUAAAUGAGAAUCCAAAGUGUUCAAAUUCCUUCAUUGUAAACGUGAGUCUUCAACUCCUCACUUGGCUUUUACAUCAUAAAUGUUAUUGAUAUCACUGCAUCUUUAAGAACGUUUUCUGAGUUGUUGCACGCAUGCCCUCUUAAGAAUUAAAGAUGGAUCAAGGAAAGUGAUGUUAUUGAACAUAAAACUUUCAUAUGUUUCUUUUUUCCACGUGUGAAAUGAGUCCCCGUUUCUUUCUGCAGAUUUUCUUUCACGUGCUCUCUUUCUAACACACUCUUGUCUCAUCCUUUCUGCCCCCUUUCCUCCCAUUUGUUCUGUUCUGCUCUGCUUGGCUUUACAUUUAGGCUGUUGCAGUUCUAAACCUUCUUAGCCAAGCCUUUAUCUUCCUGCCUUGGUCUCUGUUCUUCCGUCAGAUGCUGGCCUUCCCACCUCCUGGCCUGCAUCAGCUCUCCUUUAUUAUUGGAUUCUUUGUCUUUCUUUUUUGGAUAGUGUUCUGCAUUCCUCUGUUUGUUGUUUCUUGGUACUUUAGAAAAAAUACUUAAAUUCCUUUACUCUGCUUCCCAGAGUGUGUAAUGAGAAGAAGAAAUAGAAACAACUCUUGAAGGACAGGUAUACAAGGCUCUUUAAAAAAGAAUAUGGUAGUGCAGCUGACACUAUUUUAAAAAGCGUUCCCAGUUCAGAGUAGUUAGAUAGAAGGAAUAAAUAUUGCGAUGGCUAUAGGGAAGAUGUUGCCUGACUUUAACAAAAAAAAUCUGUUUUUAACUUAAAGAGGUUGUAGGCAGUAUUUGUAUAGCCAAAAUAUCCUUAGAAAAUGUUAGAAAUAUUUUUAUAGUUAAGACGAUUAUUGUAAAGUUAUAUUAUUUGUAUUUAUCUUUAUGGUCUUUGGUAUUUUAUGGUAAACCAGCUUCAUCUAUUUGUCUCCGAAUACUUUAUGAAAAAGGCCUAUCAAAUAUAAGUAAAUAAAAGUCAAAAAAUUUCUUCUUUUCAAGUAGCUAGAAGUCCUCUCUUACCCGCUGCCCACUUCUCAAAUUCCUUUUUACACAAUUUGUUAGCAGUGUUUUAUUGAUAGACUUUUUUCUUCUCAUUUACAUUCAAGUAAUGCCAUCUAUUUGUAGUGAAAUUCUGUGAAUAACUUAUUUGUUAAUCUUUAAAGUUCUAGAAUAUGCCUGCGAUAGGUUUAGAAUUAAUAUAAAGUCAUUACUGAGCAAAGGAGUGAAAAAAAUUCUCUGUUUUUAUAAUAAAAUGAAAUUUGGAACUUCUUCAUUUUCUCUAUUUUUUUUGUUGUUAUUUUCAUUUUUUUUGUGGCCCUGGGGAUGUGGGGAGAAUGCUGUUUAGUUUUUUGCUAACUUAAGUACUUUUGGAUUCCUAGGUUUAGUUUGUUUUUCCAUUAAUGGAAUUUAUAUAAGUACGAGAUACUUUUAAAUCAAAGUUGAAGGUACUUAGUACUGCUUUUUUAUCCCCCCUGAAACUUUCUCUGUUCAUUUAUGUCCAUUAUAACCUUUUAGGGGACUAUAUGGAAAUAAAAGCUUGGGGAUAGUAGGUGGUAUAAUUGAAAUGUAGACCAUAAUCUGUUCUUUGUUUGUUUUACCAAAUUAGUUAGGGAUUCUGAGGAUACAUUUUGAAUAUUUGUGUAUGUUUAGCGUUUUGUUCCUUUGUGAGAAAUCUCUCAGUGUGACUUGUUUUUAGUAGGAUGUGUCUUGAAUUGUGGGCCGGUCACUCUUGAAAAGUGUUAAGCCCUUUAAGCACACUGGUCAGACUCCGAGAGGGAAGCCUACAGGUUUAUCAGCACUCCUUAGCCUGACAGCACAGCAUACCCUUCUACGUUGCACAGCAACAGCCUCCUAGCAACCAUAAUAGACUGAAUUUCUAAGAGUGACCAGGCCGGAUGUAAUAAUAAAGCGAGAGGUGCAAACAGUUGUCAUGGUUUUCUUUUCACAGUGAGCUAGUCCGAUUCAGGGAAGCCUACCCUUUCAAACCUGGGCAAACUUCAUAUAAAACCGCUACCGUUUGUGCCCAGGCCUUCUGACACUAAAGGAGUAAGACUGCUACCAAAUUCAGAACGAUACUGGUUAAAGAAACAGGAUGCUCAAAAUAAAAAGAGGAAAGGAUUAUCACGUAACGAAGUUUCCAGGGAAUUAUGUUCUCGAAGACGCUUUAACCAUAAACUUAAAAUGGAGCUGUGGUAAAACAGCUACAACGAAUAUGCUUUUUAAAAAUCAGAAUCAGAGUUGUGUUUUCUGUCUUUGAGAUCUGCUGUAUUAAUUUUUGUAGCCAGCUCUCGGAGUUUUGUUUGUAGUUUAAGUGCAUGUGCACAUAAACCUGAUGCUCGUGAGAACUGAAAAUUUACCUUAUAAAGACGCCAUUUGAACUAUACAUAAACAGUGUUUUUUGAAAUUGUGAAUUAAUAGCUGACGGAGCAGAGGAUUUACCGAAGAAGAAUGAAGUGGCAACAUGUACAGUCCCCCACAAUGACGGGAAAAGUGUCUGUGAUAUUCCUGAAGGCGUAAUACUGUGCUAUAACUUUGUCAGCAUUUCUCCUGUGUAUUCUUGAGUGUGCGUUUGCUUAUGUAGCCAUGAAAAAGAGAUUAAUUCAGAUGCGUUCAUAGCCUGGAACAGGAUGCCUCCAUCAAAAGAAACAGAUCCUCAUGGGGCCACACAGCCUUUGACAGCAAGAAGCUGUAAAUAUACACACACGCUAAUACCCUUGAUUUGUUCACCUUUUGUGGCAGCGUUUGGAAAAGAUUGUUAAAGUGGCAGUUAGAGUAAAGACUGGCAAUUACAGUAAAGAGCAGAAAUUAGGUAUUUGUGACCUAUUAUAUUUCAUUAAAAGACUUCCUUAUUAAAAUGGCACCGCUUACUCUCAUUACUUGACAGCUGCCCUAAACAGAUGAGAAAAUACACAGCUUCAGCUAAAGGUAGAAUCAACCUCUUAAGCGAGCGCAUGGCGUGGAACCAAGCACGUCGUACACAAACUAUUUCUUUUUUAAACAGUAAAUUUGCUUUAGGUAGAGAUGUUUAUCAGUGGUUGAGUGUGGCGUGCUCUUUUGCAUUUCUAUAAUAGUUUACCCGCAUUGGCAUUUUCCCAUCAGGAUAUUUUAAUGCCCCCACCUGACGUCGCACUAGCUUCCCAGUAGAGAGGAUCUUCUUGUGAGGCAUCAGAGAUCCAGGGAUCAGCUUGGAGGCUUUUUUCUGCUAACCGAUGAAUUAUUAUUCCAAUCCAGUGUAAAUACUACCUUUAGCAGGCAGAACCAAACUUUUGGAAGUUUUAGCACACGAUUAUUAAUUUCUGAAAUGCUACAAAAACUUUUUUAGUUUAUGUUUAUUUUUGAGAGAGAGAGAGAGAGAGAGAGAGAGCGAGCACGAGUGGGGAGGGGCAGAGAGAGAGGGAGGCAGAAUCCGAAGCAGGCUCCAGGCUCCGAGCUGUCAGUACAGAGCCCAACAUGGGGUUGGAACCCACGAACUGUGAGAUCGUGACCUGAGCCGAAGUUGGACGCUUACGCAGCUUGAGCCACCCAGGCGCCCCUAAUUUCUGAAAUAGUUUUAAUAUUUUUACCCCUUAGUAAGCCAGUAGAGUCCCAGUGAGUUUCACACUAGAAUUUAGGCAUUACUUUCACAAGAUGGAAUUGUUUGUUUUUCUAGAGAAAACAAUCACCAUGUGGCCGUGGUUACCUUCCAUGAUAUUUCUGAAGUUUUACUGCCACUUGACAUUGUGGCAUCCGUAUUUUGCAUAGCGACCGCAUAGCACUUUCUAGAACCGUCCUCUCAGUGAUUCUGAAUUGUAGUUGAGCCUGCUACACCAUCUGACCAUUUGUAACUGUGCCCCUGUCUUUUGCAUGGUGAAGCCUGCUGAUGCACUGUAGUUCCGUCUCUUGAGUGUGAGCUCACAGCUCACUCUUGAGGACACAAACACAGGUUCGUUGUGAAGCUGGCUUGUGGGAAGAUCACCUGCCCCAGCUAAUCUUGAAUAUGGAAGUUUGUGAGGACCGUCACAAUAUUAGGAGAAGGCUGUCGGAGUGCUUGCACGGAACUGUAAAAUUUCCACAAAGACCCAAACUGUACCACGUGAGACAAUCACAUGCCUAUUCUACACACACAUAUAUCCAUGACUCCUUGCGUCCCUACCUUACAAAAUGUAAAUACCUGAUGCGUAUCGUGUGAGGACCGUCAGCUUGCAAAAUUGUUAGGCAGAGGCGUGAGUCCUAGUCUUUUGGGUAGAAGAGACCUGAGUUCAAGUUCCCGUUUAGUCAUUUGAUAGGUAAUUAUCCUUAAACUUAUCCCUUCACUACUUUGAUCUCAUAUUUUUUAAUGUAAGUAUGGAGAUAUUGCCUAUUCAGUUGGGUUGUAAUGAAAAAGCGGAAGACAAAAUGAGCUAAGUUAGCACGACAAUCUGGAAUUUGCAAUCCCAGUGUGGAUGGUCAGUAGCUCAGUCUCUGGUAGGGUAGGAGGAAGGUUUUGCAGAAGAGGGUGGCUGCUGAAAAUAGUAACAUGGAACUGGAUAUAAUUAGAAACAAAAUUGUUUUCAAAGAGAGCUACGAUGCGCUGUGUAUUUUGCUAAGUCAUUUCCAGUAUUGGUCAGUAGAGAGGGUUUUUUAAAACUUUUAUGGAGCGACCCCUUUUCACAGAGUCAGAUCUGGGGACGUGACCUUUAAAGGUGGCAAGAGCAGCAACUGAUAGGAACAGUAUGUCCGUCCGGACAGAUGAAAUACUUAUUCCCCGCACAAAAGGUAGAAUUUAAAGAAUAGAGCACGUUUCUUUAUCUUGGUAAAUAUGUACAGCGAUCGUUACAUCCUGUAAACAUUUAAGCCUCUCUUCAAGUUCUUCUUGCGUGUAAAGAACUGUAAGAGCACACACAAGUGCCCAAGCUUGUGUUAACACUUGACGUUGUUGAUCUAGGAGACCUGAAAAUGAGUAUCAGCUUCUGUUGAGAAGGCAACAGUGGAGUCCCAUAAACACCCGAUUACUCCUUUUUGGUCUAGCCCUAAAAAAUGUUCAACGUGCUCCCCAUUGAUUUAUAAAAUCGAGUUUAAGUUUUCACGUAUACUGUUGUUGCUAAAGAGACCGUAAGGCAUUUAAUAUAAUGAGAAGAUAGUAUUUUCAGAAGAAUAGAAGUGGCUUUGAAAUAUAAUGGUUUGAAGUAGCUAGUGGGAUUAAACUGGUUUAGGCAAUGGCUAUCCUAUUUCAAUUCUUUGAAGAAGGUAAUUUCAGCCUUAGCUUAAGGAGAGGAGGCGGAACAGAACGUGCUUAAUGCUUAAUGUUGCCUUGAUAUUUUAAGAGGGAGAAUACUGAGCGACUGUGAUACUUAGAGGCAGGGGAAAAUAGCACUUAAGGGUACACAGCUACAGUCUUUUUAUUUUAUUUUUUUUUAAUGUUUAUUUAUUAUCGAGAGACAGACACAGAGUGUGAGCACGGGAGGGGCCGAGAGUUGCAGAGACACAGAAUCUGAAGCAGGCUGUCGGCACGGAGCCCGAUGUGGGCUCAAACCCAUGAACCGUGAGAUCAUGACCUGAGCUGAAGUUGGACACCUAACCGACUGAGGCACCCAGGCAUCCCUACACAGCUACAGUCUUUUAGACAAAACCACCAGCUGUUACUGGUAGUUUGGUGAUUUUAAAACAAUGAAUUUUUUUUUCCUGAGCAUGAUUUAUGUGCUUAUAUUGUUUUUUGUUUUGUUUUGUUUUUUUAAGUUCUAUUUCUUUUCAGAGACAGAGCAGAGAAGGGGCAGAGAGGGGGAGAGAGAAUCCCAAGCAAGCUCCAUGCUGUCAGUGCAGAGCCUGACACAAGGCUCGAACUCAUGAUACAGGGCUCGAACUCAUGAGCCAUGAGAUCAUCUUCAGGUUUUAAAUUUCAGAGCCAAAUGAAAUACAAUUCUGUUCUGACAGAAGCCGGUUUUUUGACAUCCACGAAUAUGUAACUCUGACUUAUCUUGUACAUAAGGUACAAUUGUCCACUUGUAAAAAUGUAGAACAUAAUUGUACCUUUUAUGUUUAAUUGAAUAUUAUGUCCAGCUCAGUGAAGAUUCAUACAUUAGCUUCAUAAAUACUCUCUUUGCAUAAAAGUUUUUCUCCUACAAAUGAAGACGUUUCACUUGCUCUUUUUCAUGUUAUCUUUUUUUUCCCCUUGAUAUUCUUACUGCUUUGAGUUGUUGAAUUGGGGAGCUAUAGUAUGUGUACGUACACAUUUAUAUACAUGUGUAUGUAAAUAUACACACAUAGGUAUGGAAUAGCAUACACUUGCUUUUCAGUACAGUCUCAAGUUAGAAUUACUCAUGUGGAGAUAAUUGCUAGGUGAGAAAAACUAAACUGCAAGACUAGUCUAAACUCUCACUACUGGUAAGGUCUUUUCACAUGAACGUGUUUUAUGCAAACUGUAUACUGUACAUAAAUGCUGCUCUACAUGUGAACAGAGGACGCCUAGGGUCACCAACCCCAGGAGGUCCUUCCUCUUAAAACCAUGUGGAUGUGAGGCUGCAUUUUCUUAAUACACUCAACCCAGACAGCAGAUUGAGUAGAGAAGUCUACGUGAGAAGCCAAUCGUCUUCUUGUUUAGUUUUUUAGUUUUUUAUUUUAAUGUUUUUAUUUUUCAGAGAGAGAGAGAAAGAGAGAGUGUAAGCAGGGGAGGGGCAGAGAUGGUGGGGGGUGGGAGACGACAGAGGACCUGAAGCGGGCUCCAUGUUGACAGCAGAGAGCCUGAGGCAGGGCUCAAACUCACAAACCAUGAGAUCAUGACCUGACCUGCAGUCAGAGAGGUGCCCUGGGAAGCCAGUUGUCUUCUAUUGAGCAAGACGUUAAAAGAAAUUUAUAAAAACAGAAAACAGGGGCGCCUGGGUGGCUCAGUCGGUUGAGCGUCCGACUUCAGCUCAGGUCACGAUCUCACGGUUCGUGAGUUCGAGCCCCGCGUCAGGCUCUGGGCUGAUGGCUCGGAGCCUGGAGCCUGCUUCCGAUUCUGUGUCUCCCUCUCUCUCUGCCCCUCCCCCAUUCAUGCUCUGUCUCUCUCUGUCUCAAAAAUAAACAUUAAAAAAAAAUUAAAAAAAAAAAAAACCAGAAAACAAUGCCACUGUUCUCAUUAAUGCAUUAAUGUUUUUUUUCUUUGGGAAAAUUUAGGUAUACUUCAUAAACAUAUGUUUAUGUUAAGAUGUAAUGGUUUUAUUGUCAUUUUCAAAUUAAUACUGCUUUUCUACUUUAUUUUCUAAUAUACUGACUGGAUAGACAUAGCUGGUGACGUACCAAAGCUUGUUAUUACUAGCUGGAGAGAGUCAACAUUGCCCAUCUCCUCUUAACUCCGCAUUCCACAUUCAGAUGUUACAUUGCUAGCUUGAAAUGAGUCAUGUUGGGAGUAUUUACACUAUGGAAAUGAGCAAAAGCUACAAAUCUGGCUCUUUUGAGGGGUCGGAAGGGGGAGCUGACAGACAUUUAUCGGUGCCCCACCAGACAGAACACACAGAAACAAAAGUUCUUUGGGGGUCUCAAAAAAAAUUUAAGAUCUAAGUGGGUUCCAGGACCAAAAAAUCUGCUUACUAUAAAAGAACUGGUUUUAAUUACUUUACUUUGCAAGUUAACACCAACGUCCAUGCUAAUGUGUGAUCAAAGCAGAUUUUUAGCCGGGUGCUCUGCCUUUGGAGGCACUUUACCCGUCUCUCCUGUGCUGCCUUCCAACGAGAAUAACUCCAUGAAGCGAUUUGAAGUCUAUAAAGAGCCCUGUCCUUUGUGGUUCCCCCCAUGACGAGCACACAGCUUAGUUACCUGUGGACUGAUUCGAGACCAUCAGUACUAUGGUGACUCAGAAAAAUGGAGACAAGGUUCCGGUCUGGAAUAAUUUUAGAGAAGUCUUCCGGAAGGAGGGUAGACAUGAGAUGGAUCUUGAAGGGUGUAUGGGUGUAUUGCCGUGAGGAAGGAGUUAAGCACGUGCUAGAGGUAGAGGCAGAUUAUCUUGGUGUGAAGAAUUUCUUGGGAAAUAACGAAGCAGAUAGAGUGGAAUGGAAAAUCGGGCGAAGGAUUUGGAACUUAACCGGACAGGGCGUAACCAACCAGCGUUUACUUUUACCGUGGCUCAAACGUGAAGGUGAAAAUGGUGCUUUAGGGAGAUUAAUCUGGCAGAUGUGUGUGGAUGAGCAGGGAGUGAGUCAAGCAAGGUAAACUUCUCUUGAUCAUCUGAAAGGAAGUAGAUAGAGUGAAGAACCUGGCCUUUUAAUUCCGAAAGACGUUGGUUAGAAUCCUGCUGCUGCUCUGUGACUUUCAAUUCAUGGAUAAAAAUGUAAAACUAUGCAGAUGUAAUAGCCAGUGGGGUUGUAAGUAACACGAAGAGCGUGGACGAGUUGAGUAUCGAUUAGAUGCCAGUAUGGUGCCAGGACUUUCAGUGAGAGAUACUGUUUAUGCUCCUUUUACUGUUACCACCUCCGCACUACUGGCAUAAUAAUCCUUGUUUGAUGCGUUAUAAUGAAGAUUGGAGCUGGAGACCCAUUAUUGGAAAUGAGAUGUGGAAACAGGCCCAGCCCUAACCCUUAUGGGUAUAAGAAUACAAAUGGAAGCUCACUCAUUGUGUUUCUACAUACUUAAAUGCGGCGGAUCCGCUGUUAGGUAAAAUAUGCUCUUACCUCAUAAUUUGACCGAUACAACUUUAUAAGGUGACGGAUGACCAUUUAGAAUUCUCAGUUUUUCGGGGUGCUUGGGAGGCUCAGUCAGUUAAGCGUCUGACUUCGGCUCAGGUCAUGACCUCACGGUUCAAGAGUUUGAGCCCUGCAUCCCACUCUGUGCUGGCAGCUCGGAACUUGGAGCCUGCUUUGGAUUCUGUGUCUCCCUCCCUCGCUGCCCCUUCCCUGCUCGCACUCUGUCUCUGUCUCUCUCUGUCUCAAAGAUAAGUAAACAUUAAAAAUUAAAAAAAGAAUUCUCAGGGGUGCCUGGAUGGCUUAGUCGGUUAAGUGUUCGACUUCAGCUCAGGUCAUGAUCUCGCGGUUUGUGAGUUCGAGCCCCGUGUCGAGCUCUGUGCUGACAGCUCGGAGCCUGGAGCCUGCUUCGGAUUCUAUGUCUCUCUCUUGCUCUCUGCCCUUCCCCCACUCAUGCUCUGUCUCUAUCUCAAAAAUAAACAUUAAAAAAUUAAAAAAAGAAUUCUCAGAUUUUUUGGUUUUGUUCUAGAAUAUAGUGGCAAAGGGAGGACUGGCCUUCUGUCACCUCGUCCCUGUCCUGCAGUCUGCCUCCUCCUCCCCAUCUCCUAGGCUCUUGGCUGUAACGUGUCCACGUGCCCUAUUCCUUGCAAGCUAUGUAUUGACUACCUCUUGGGUCUGGAGAGACCAUCAUGCAGACAUCAGAGACCGGGUCGGACACAGGUUCGACAGUGACUUUACAGACAUCUGUGGCUAGUCAAGCAGCGGUACCUACCCAGGUGGUGCAGCAGGUACCGGUACAACAACAGGUACAGCAGGUCCAGACCGUACAGCAGGUACAACAUGUGUACCCAGCCCAGGUGCAGUAUGUGGAAGGAAGCGAUACUGUCUAUACCAAUGGAGCAAUCUCCAGCCCCUGGCAACCACCAUUCUACUCCCUGUUCUUCCGAACAACAACUUACCCUUACACAGAAACGCAGAUGUACAGCCAAAACACUGGAGGGAAUUACUUUGAUACUCAAGGGAGUUCUGCGCAGGUGACUACCGUGGUUUCGUCCCACAGCAUGGUGGGCACCGGUGGGAUUCAGAUGGGCGUCACCGGAGGACAACUCAUCAGCAGCUCUGGAGGAACCUAUCUUAUCGGCAAUUCUAUGGAGAACUCUGGUCACUCAGUGACACACACUACUCGGGCCUCCCCAGCGACAAUUGAAAUGGCGAUUGAGACGCUGCAAAAGUCUGACGGUCUGUCCACUCACAGAAGCUCUCUUCUCAACAGCCAUCUCCAGUGGCUGUUGGACAAUUACGAGACCGCAGAAGGAGUGAGCCUUCCUAGAAGCACGCUGUAUAACCACUACCUACGACAUUGUCAGGAACACAAACUGGACCCAGUCAAUGCUGCUUCUUUUGGAAAACUAAUAAGGUCAAUUUUUAUGGGGCUCCGAACCAGGAGAUUGGGAACUAGAGGAAACUCCAAGUACCAUUACUAUGGGAUCCGUGUCAAGCCAGAUUCCCCUCUUAAUCGUCUGCAAGAAGACAUGCAGUAUAUGGCUAUGAGACAGCAACCCAUGCAACAGAAACAAAGGUACAAGCCUAUGCAGAAAGUGGAUGGGGUUGCAGAUGGUUUCACAGGAAGUGGUCAACAGACAGGCACAUCUGUUGAGCAAACUGUAAUUGCCCAAAGUCAACAUCAUCAACAGUUUUUAGAUGCAUCUCGAGCACUUCCAGAGUUUGGAGAAGUUGAAAUCUCUUCUCUGCCAGAUGGUACUACCUUUGAGGAUAUCAAGUCACUGCAGAGUCUUUAUCGAGAGCACUGUGAGGCAAUAUUGGACGUUGUCGUGAAUCUUCAGUUUAGCCUGAUAGAAAAACUGUGGCAAACGUUCUGGCGCUAUUCUCCCUCUACUCCAACCGACGGCACUACCAUCACCGAAUCAAGCAAUCUGAGUGAAAUAGAAAGUCGACUUCCGAAAGCAAAGCUGAUAACUCUGUGCAAACAUGAGUCUAUCCUGAAAUGGAUGUGUAACUGUGACCAUGGGAUGUACCAGGCUUUGGUGGAGAUUCUCAUCCCCGACGUGCUUAGACCUAUUCCUAGUGCCUUGACCCAAGCCAUUCGAAAUUUUGCAAAAAGCCUUGAAGGUUGGCUUUCCAAUGCCAUGAACAAUAUCCCACAGAGAAUGAUACAAACCAAGGUUGCCGCUGUAAGUGCCUUUGCCCAGACUCUGCGAAGAUACACGUCGCUCAAUCACCUGGCCCAGGCAGCUCGCGCAGUGCUUCAGAACACUUCUCAGAUCAACCAGAUGCUCAAUGACCUCAACCGCGUUGACUUUGCCAAUGUCCAGGAGCAGGCCUCCUGGGUGUGCCAGUGUGACGACAGCAUGGUUCAGAGACUGGAGACGGACUUCAAGAUGACCCUCCAGCAGCAGAGCACCCUGGAGCAGUGGGCCGCGUGGCUGGACAACGUGAUGAUGCAGGCGCUGAAGCCCUACGAGGGGAGGCCCAGUUUCCCUAAAGCUGCCAGGCAGUUCCUGCUAAAAUGGUCUUUCUACAGCUCAAUGGUUAUUCGGGACUUAACCUUACGCAGUGCUGCUAGCUUUGGCUCCUUCCACCUGAUCCGUCUCCUCUACGACGAGUACAUGUUCUACUUAGUAGAGCAUCGUGUUGCUCAGGCAACAGGAGAAACACCCAUUGCAGUCAUGGGCGAGUUUGGUGAUUUAAAUGCUGUAUCUCCUGGAAAUCUGGAUAAAGAUGAAGGCAGCGAAGUGGAAAGCGAAAUGGACGAAGAACUGGACGACUCUUCGGAGCCGCAAGCCAAAAGGGAGAAAACCGAGCUGAACCAGGCGUUUCAAGUGGGUUGUAUGCAGCCCGUUCUCGAGAGCGGCGUGCAGCCCAGUCUCCUGAAUCCAAUUCACAGCGAGCACAUCGUCACAAGUAGUCAGACUAUCAGACAGUGCAGCGCCACAGGAAACACCUACACUGCGGUCUAAAGAAUAUUAAAGCGUAUUUUUCCAGCUAACAUUACCCCUGUUGAUAUAUUGGGCUUAAGGUGAAAUUUUAAUAAGCCUGAAGGUCGACUGUUGUCAAAUUCUAUCUGUGCUGAACAUUACCUUUUUGGAGUUGUGAAAUGGAAUGGAUGUAUGUAUUUUGCCAGGUGUUUUUUUUAUUGUUGUUGUUCUUGUUUUUUUUAACGUAAAAAAAAAAAUCAUUUGCCUCUUAAUAAUAAGUUGUUCUUUUUUUUUCCUUUAGUUUCAGGUGUCAAGAAGGAUUUUUACCACACUUAAUGCCAAUGUGUUCGUUUUCUUAUAAUUAAAAAGUAAUUUACAUUUUUUUGUAGCUUAAAAUAUUUGAUUGUUGAUUGUUAGUCUUGGUGUAUGAUUUCAUGUGUGAGUUUUUAAUUAGAUGCACUUCUGUGAAAUAUCAAAAGAAAUGAAUUCCUUUGAUUUACACUGGAGGCAUGCCCAUUUGGCAGCAGAUGCAUUGAAUUUGCUUUUGAAAGGUGCUUUUCAUUGGACGGAACCACAAGACACGAUUUCGGUAACUCUUUGGUACGGAGAGAGAAUACAGAGCAUUUUUAUCAUGGCGCUAGAGGGUUGGGAAGGUCAUCUGGUUUUCUCCGGAGAAAAAAAAACGGAGCUAGUGCAUUUAUCUGUUCAGAGUAAAUGACAGACCUGCAAGAGAUUAUGCUAAUAUGUACAUAAUUUGUGUACAUAAUUAUUAAACCCUAUUAACGCAAGCUUCCGUUAAACAUUGCAUUUUAACCGUUAUUUGCAUACCGAUUCCUCUGUUUAAAGACUACUGAUUCUGUAUUUGGGACCACUGCACAGACGCAUUCUGCUGUUGAGCGGGGCUGUUAUAGUUAGAUACUGAAGCCGAAAAAAAAAUGACUUGACUUUUUUUGUGUUUCGUUUUGUUUCGUUUUGUUUUUAAGUGUACAUGCUACUUAUGCUGAACUGGACAUACAGGAAACCAUUCCAUUUGGAUGACUUUCUUUUAUUCCAGGUCUUUUUCCUAAUAGUAGUUCCCUCUGCUGCUAUUAUAAAAGAAAAUUUAUAGAACGCAAGGAAUGUAGCAACCUGCAUAUCGUUAUUUCCUUCAAAACUAUUUCCUGGUUUCUAAAGUGUGUGGAUUUUAAAUUGUAAACACAACCUGAGGGCAGUAUAGCUGGCUCACCACACUGUUGCUUUAUCCCCAUUUCUGUAGGAUUUGGAUAGGUGGCUGGAUGGACCAGUGCCAUUGAAGAAUGUACAUCAGGGAUCAUCGUACCUCGGCUAUUACAUGGUGCCUUAAAACAGAACUGAAGUUAAGGUUUUAGUAAGGCUUAUUUUGUUCAUGUGAAUUCCUCCGCAAUCCAUUUGACAAGGUGUGCCUGUCCCUUUCCGAUUCCCGAAGUGAGGACAGGUUACACGCUCUGCAAAGGAAAUGUAGGGCGAACAAAGCAAAGCAAAAAGACGAAAACUCAAUUCCCCUCUUGGAGUGACCGCGGACGUACUUUUUGUUCGUAGAGCUGACUAUGACUCGAUUACCCAUCAGAUUGCUUAAGGGCGUGGAACAGCGGACUAGUUUUUAAUUACCAACUUGUCACGUACCAUCACAUGUGUUUCAGACCGUCUGUAUCUAGUUCUC